GUGGAGGUGGGGAGAAAGUGCUGUGGGUGGCCAUCAGGUCUAUACAGAGAAGGUAAGGAUGAGGGUGGAGGGGGGGAGAGAGUGUUGUGGGUGGCCAUCAGAUCAAUACAGAGUAGGUUAGGAUGAGGGGGGAGGUGGGGAGAAAGUGCUGUGGGUGGCCAUCAGGUCUAUACAGAAAAGGUAAGGAUGAGGGUGGAGGUGGGGAGAGAGUGCUGUGGGUGGCCAUCAGGUCAGUACAGAGAAGGUAAGGAAGAGGGUGGAGGUGGGGAGAGAGUACUGUGGGUGGCCAUCAGGUCAAUACAGAAAAGGUACCCCAAUGUUAACUGUGUUGUGUACACGGGAGAUACUGACGCCACUGGUCCGCAGAUCCUGGAGCGUGCUCGUCAGCGCUUCAACAUCACACUCAAGUCACAUGUCCAGUUUGUCUUCCUGAAGCGUCGUCGCUGGGUUGAGGCUGUCAAGUACCCGAUGUUCACCCUGCUAGGCCAGAGUCUGGGGUCCAUCCUCCUGGGAUGGGAGGCAUUGCAGGCGUUUGUACCGGAUGUGUACAUUGACACCAUGGGAUAUGCUUUCACUAUUCCACUGUUUAAAUAUUUCGGGAGAUGCAAGGUGUGUUGCUACGUGCACUAUCCAACAAUAAGUACGGAUAUGUUAGAGAAAGUCUCUUCAAGAACCGAGGCCUUCAACAACGCAUCCUUUAUAUCGCAAAGCCGACUCCUCAGCACCGUGAAACUUCAGUACUACAAAGCCUUUGCUUACCUGUACGGAGUGGCUGGGAAACGGUGUCACGCUGUGAUGGUUAACUCCACCUGGACUUACGGCCAUAUACAACAACUGUGGCAGCCCUCCGGCCACACACACAUCCUGUUUCCCCCCUGUGACACGUCAGAGUUCACAAAGAUCUACCUGCGAGAACAAAUCGACUCGCCUACGAUGAAUAUAGUAUCUAUAGCACAGUUUAGACCCGAAAAAGACCAUGCAUUACAAAUAGAUUCCUUUCACCACUUCAUGUUGAAGAAGUCGGAAAAAGAGCGAAGCAAAUACAAACUGGUUUUGGUGGGGAGCUGCAGAAAUGGGGGAGAUAACGAACUGGUUGAAGGAUUAAAACAGCAGUGUGAUACACUCGGUAUUGCAGAAUAUGUGGAAUUUAAACUUAAUGUAAGUUUCCAGGAACUGAAAGAGUUGAUGGCCACGUCAGUGGUGGGACUACAUACCAUGUGGAACGAACACUUCGGUAUCGGUGUGGUAGAAUUAAUGGCUGCAGGGACAGUGGUCCUGGCACACAACUCUGGAGGUCCCAAACUGGACAUAGUGGUCAAUUAUAAUGACCAGGCCACAGGUUUUCUGGCCGAAGACGUCCAGUCUUAUUCUCAUGCCCUGGACACUAUAUUUAGUCUGACCGCGCGGGAACGACUGGAUAUAAGGAAAAAUGCACGAGAAUCCAUAUCUCGGUUUUCUGAGGAAGAAUUUGAACAUGGCUUCCUGGAAGUGAUAGAACCACUCAUUACAAACAUUCAGAUGAGGCGGACAUCUUAGAUUUUGUUUGUGUCUAUUACGUAAAUAAUACAUGUACAACCAAUGAUAAAA